AGCGUCCGUUGCAACGGAAAAAAGUGUUGUGCCAACUGUGAAGAUGUACAACUUAUCAAUAUAUUGACCAAACCUGCAGUGUAUAUUCUGUUAUUGCGCUUUCCAAACAUUUAUACAAACUUUCUACAGAUCUUUUCACUAAUAUGAAAUUCUAAAAUGGAUUUAGAUCUCUAUAUAUUCAAUAACGUGGUUGUUAUGGAUUGAAAACCGAGACGAGAAUUAUUGAAAACAGACAAAUCUGUUGUUUGUUAGCGCUGAUUUUGUAUUCUAGAUCAGGGUUAAUCAGUCCAUACAUAGAUCUCAAUGGCUCUAGCUCAAUCAUCAGUACCAGCUAUUCCAGCAAGAAUAUCAAAUAUGGAUCCCAAUUUUAACAGGCCAAGUUCCGCCUUGGCUAGAGGUGUUCAGAUUACAGAAUUUAAAGACACUUCAGUAAAUCCUGAACCAGUGGUUCUCGAAGAAACAGAAAUAUUAUUAGAACAAUAUCUGUCCCCAAGAAAAUUAAAACUUCUUACUGGAUCUGAUAAUUUAGAAGAGGUGACGUCUCUAGAUCUUAAAGUAGACACAACAGAAACAAGUUUAGGAAAUUUUGGAUCCCUUUUACCGAAUCUAACACAACUUAAGAUGUCAGAAAGUGUUGUCCAUUCUAUCAGAGAUAUAGGAUCAUCAUUACGUGGUGUACGUGUAUUAUGGAUGUCACAGUGUGGUUUACAUGAAGUAGAUGGUAUUUCAUCAAUGACUAGUUUACAAGAAUUAUAUUUACCCUAUAAUGAAAUAUCUGAUAUAAGUACAUUAAGUAUGUUAGAUGAUUUACAGAUUUUAGAUAUAGAAGGUAAUAAUAUUGAUGAUAUAGCACAGAUGCAGUAUUUAGCUUUAUGUCAGAAUUUAACCAGAUUAACUAUAGAAGGAAAUCCAGUUUGUGUCAUGAGAACACCUGACAGUGAAGAGGUAAACUAUAAUUAUAGAGAAGCAGUAAAGAAUAUUUUGCCUAAUGUAGAGAUUCUAGAUGAUGAACCUUUAAUAACUGGAUCUCAACCAUCUAUGUCACUUAAUGCUUUCUAUAAAGAUUGGGAAUAUUUAGAAGAAUUACAGCAUGAUGCCUUAUUACAGUCACCAACAGAUGAAGAUGAUACACAAAUUGAUGUUGGCAGUCGACCAGGAACUGCUGCCUUAAAACCAGCAACAGCAUAUCGCCCUGGGUCAGCAUUAAGACCAUCUUCUGGAUUCCGUCCAAUAUCGGCAUCAACUAAACGACCUGCUACUAUAAGCGGAAGACCCUCCACUAGCAUUAGACCAACUACAGCUUUUGCUGAAAGACCUGCUUCAAGUGAUGCUGCCGAGACGACGACUGAUGGUGCUAGUGAUUUAACAUUAGGUAGUGUUAUAUGUGGUAACCCAUCUCGUGCAUUAAGAGAAAGAAGGAAGAUAACGCCCAAAACACCAGAUCAAGAUGAAUUUAGUUUUAAUACACCUAGAAAUACACAAAAGACAAGUAAUAAAAGUAUAGAUGAAGAAGAAGACAGUAAAACUAAUAUUGUAGAAGAAUUAAAAGAAUGGAGAAAAGAUCAUAAUGAUCGAAUGGUCAGGUUACAAGAAACUAAGACAGCUGAAGUGUUAGUGAUUGAUCACCAUGACGAUAACGAAGAUAGUUCAGUAGACGAUGAUUAUAUAGAUAUGACCAAAUCUAAUAAAACUGCUAAUUUAACAAGAAAGAAAGCAUUAAAUGACAGUAAAAAUUACGGUCGUGGUGAUAAACAUGAUGAAGUGCAUGAUGUUCAUUAUGAAAUAAAUGAAGAUGUACUUAAAAAACAUCGUUCUGCUAGCCCCACUAGACGGUCAAAUAGUUCAGGUUAUAACAGAAAUGAAGAUAAACAGAAACCAGUUUUAAAUCAGAUACACGACAUCAGGUUCCCCUAUGAAUCCAGUGGAAUGUCUGUACCAGUAGUUAAGACUCCUCCGGAAAAAGUUAUGCCACCCAUUGUACCUCGAUCAGCUUCUUCCCGAGCAGUGUUACCCACACCACCUCGAAUCAGACGACAACUUCCUCAAGUACCAAGUUUACCUUCUAAACCGUCAUCUCCAAAAUCGUAGCUUGUUUUAAAACUACUUACAAACCAGCAUUAUUUAUGUGCAGAGUUCAACACUAAAAGCGUUACUCUCGUAAUUUACGAAGUGGGGAUUUGACGUUUGGUUUCAGAUAGAAUUGCUAACAGAUUUCUCUUAAAAUGUGAAAGAAUAUUUAUUCUUCCUACUGAAGUAUUGAAGUACUUUGUUUUAUUAUUUUUAUACAAUUGACUCAUUCGUUGAGAUAAUGCUCAGAGAGUUGACUGCUGAUAAUGGAUCAGAUUUUUUGGAGUUAUCUCCCUUAGAACAUAUAUCAAAACGACUACAAAAAUCACCAGUACUGUUUUCAGGAUGGAGUUUUGUGAUAACCGAUUACGUCUGAAAUUUAUGAUUAUGAAUUUAAUCUAACACAAAACAACUAACAGCAGCUGAAAGGUUAAUUAAAUUUUUGUUGUUUUAAUUUUACUGGUCAAUUGCUUAGAACAAUAUGAAAGAGACUAGAAAAGUCACCUAGGCCACUGUGAUGACUGAUUAUGCGUGAAAACAAACAAAAUUAACAACUGCUGAAUGGAGAAUUAAAUUUUUGUUAUUUUAAUGUGUAAAUGCUGAUUAUCAAAUGCUAAUUUUUAAAAAUGUGCUAUCUAUUAGCAUAAAAGAUUGCUCAACAACUAUUUUUAUCACUACAGUAUAAAAUUAUCUGUGUAAACUUUGACUUGCAUCAAAACAUGAAAACAGGCUCUACAUUUAUGAAUUGUGUACUUCACAGUGUCCAGUGAUGUUUACUGAAAAACAAAAGCAUUUUUGACAGCAUAAACCAACAUUUAUUGCCUAGGCACACCAAAGUGGUAAAAAUAUUGUAUUAUUUUAUUUAGUUAAAAAAUAGGUAGGUUCUAGUUAUUUUCAAUGACUUUAGAAUAUCUUUUAGUAUCUGAAUAGAAAAUUCUAAAUUGAUUUUGAUAUUGUGUACAGAUAUGUCCUAGGCUAAAAUACAUCUUGGAUAAGUGUACAGAUAAAUUCAAAUAAAAAUCUUUGAUUCAUUUAUAUGGAGAGAUGGUAAAUUGAAUGGGAUAUUGUAAUCAUUGUCUAUAAGUGCUUAGCACUCAACAUUCAGUGAGUUUGAUUGAUUGAAUAUUUGAAUAUUCUUGUUGAAAUACAUGUAUGUUAAAUCCUUUAGAGGCAUUUAGUAACUGGAUAAAGCAACAAACUAUAACAUAUACUUAUGGAAAAGAAUUAUUUAUUUUGAAAAUGUUGAAAUAACACUCUUCGAAAUGUUGCCAAACUAAAUUGUACUUGCAUAAGUACGGGUUACAGUUUAUUACAGUAUGUUGUUGUCAUGCUAAACCGUCCAUUCCAUUGUGAUAAUAUAUCUUAAGUGUGUGGGUUAAGAUAAAAAUUAUAUUUUAAUAUUAUAUUAAGUAUAUAAAAAUGCUUUUAUUACAAAGUCUCUUAAUUUGACUACUGAAAUUUGAAAAAAUAGACUGCUGAAUUGUUAAACAUACAUUAUGCAAGAGCUAAAUCUGCCUCUUGCAGGUCUUUCUUUAGGCCUGAAAUGUUAUCUAAAUUAUUAAUUAGACAUUAAUUAACUUAUCCAGACCAUAAUCAACUUGCGAUGUCAUCGCUAGCCUGCGAAAUUUACUGGAUUAUGAUCCGAUUUGCUUCAUGUUUUUUUAUCGUACCAACUUUAGUAAUGAUGAUUGAGGCUAGGCAGAAAAUUUAAUCGCUAAAUUCUCAGUUCAGAGUGUAUCAAUUUGACUGAAAUUUUCAGCAUAUUCCCUUUACAUUAUCUAUUUUUGAACUAUUAUUGUGAGAACUGCCAGCUCUUUACCUAAUCUCCCAUAAUGUAUCUUUAAAUGAUAAACUAUAAUUAAAAUGUUAAUUUAAUUUUUAUUUCUUGCAUAUAAUUAAUAUUUAGAUUAAAGGAUUUAAAUUUUAAUUUUGAUAAAAUGUGAAUCCCAUUCUCCGAAUAGGAUUAAUGAAUAUUUUAAUAAUCUUUAUUUUUUAUAAGUAAGAAUCCCAGUUAUUAGUCUUAGUUUCCUGGGACAUUGUUUAAUUUGGAUUUCUGGGAUUAUAUUACUCUAAUUAUUUUCUAAUAAAGUCAGCAUGACACUGAUCAUGAUAUUAGAUGUUCCUACAAACUUGUCUACAGUGAAAAUAAUUUAUCUAUGAAUUAUCAAAAUAAAUUUGGCUGUGCAAUUCUUAAUAUCGCAUAGCAGCUAUUUCCAUUUUUACACCCCUGGUUCUAAUUGGACAUAAAAUCCCCAACAUGCCAGUAUGAAGGUUAAAUAUAGUGUUUUUAUAACCAUAUACAAUGAAAAGUACCGUUAUUAAAAAUAAUUUUUGGUGCAAUAAUUAUUCAAAUCUAUUUAUUCAAGCUUAAAUUACAUUCAUUUAAAUUAAAGCUAACAUUGGUUUCUAUUGGAUUACAUGCCUGUAUUACACUGUCAUCCUAAGUGUCCUAAGUAAAUGAAGUUAAAAUAAUUCCAUCUUUUGCCUACAAGCUAUAAGGCCAUUUUUUUUAUACUGAAUGCCCUUAAAGAUGCAUUAUGCAAGAGCUAAAUCUGCUUAAUGCAGAUUCUUGUUUGGCCUCAAAUGUUAUAUAAAUCAUUAAUUAGACACUUAUUCACAUGCCAAUCUCAUAAUCAACGCUCUAGACCAUCGGUUGCUUUUGAUUUUCAACGGAUUUUAACAAGAUUGUUAGUUAAUGAUUUAAUUAAAAAACUGGAUAAUUGAGACUUUUUUUUUUAGUAUUGAAACAACGGUAGCAAUGACAAUCGAGACUCUACUGUUCUUCUAACGGCAAUAACUCCACUCAAUAACUCCACUUAGAAUGAAGUAAUUUGACUGAAAUUUUCAAAAUAUUCCCCUUUUUUUUUCUUUUUUUUUUAAACUAUUAUGCCGACAACUGUCAGCUCUUUAUCUAAAUCUUACAUAAUGCAUCUUUAAUUACAAUCUUUAUAUUAAAAUAUAACGUGAAUGACCUGACUUGUUGCUUUAAAUGAUAAAACUGCUUGUUUAUAUUGUUAUUAGCUAUUAAUGUUAUUAAAUAUGUUAUCAGCCCAGUAAUAACAGAAAGAAUAUGAUAUUAUAAUAAUUAAGUUAAAGUAUUUAUUUGUUAUUAGCCUCUUCGAAGACCAUGUUUUAUUAAGUCAGCUUUUUUUAUUAAUGUGGAUGAUUUGAGACUAGUCUAAACUGUCUAAAUGUAUGUUAAUGUAUAUUGUAGUUGAUGAAAUCUCCACACAAAUCUAAAUAUGGUUGUUUGUUUUUAUUUAUAUAUAACUUGUUUGCUGUGAGGUAAUGUGUUACCUAAUACUGAUUCAUAUACAAGAGAUAUUGAUUAAAUGCUGAUAAACUGAGGUAGAUUAGAGCCAGUAAUGAGCCAGAUUAUUAGAUAUUGUAUAAUUACCGGAUUAUCUGUUAUUAAUAUAUUUUAUUCGUAUUAUUGGCUAUCAAAGACUUAGCGUGGUUAUUUACAAGGUGAUUUUGCCUUAUAAAUAAGCUUUUGUCUCAAGUAUUAAAAUUAUUGGGAACUGUAAUUCAGUAGUAAGUAGUUUCUGUUAUGAAUUAUCUAAUUAUAGUCAUGUGGCUUAAUGUUAAUGACAUAAUAUAGUAAUUAAACAUACAUUGUGCUAGAGCUAAAUCUGCCUAUUGGAGGUCCUUCUUUAGACCUGAAAUGUUAUCUAAAUUAUUAAUUAGACAUUAAUUAAAUUAUCCAGACCAUAAUCAACUCUCAAUGCCAUCGCUAGCCUGCAAUAUUUAGAAAAUUGGAAUACAUUUUUUAAAAAAUACUUAAACAAAAAAAAUGGAUUAUUGAGACUUUGUUUUUUAUGGUACCGACUUUAGUAACGAUGAUCGAGACUAGCCUAAAAUUCAAAAGCUUAUUUUAUUUACAUUAUUUAGUUUUUAACUAUAGCCAGAAUUGUCAACUCUUUAUCUAAUCUCCCAUAAUGCCCCUUUAAGGACAUAAUAAGAUAAUUAAUGAAGUUAUCUUGUACUUAAUUAGAGGUAGAAGCUAAUCAGUCUAAUUAGUUGUCUUUUGGAAUGAAAAUAAUACCAAUUAAUUAUGGAAAUAACGGUUGUUUCUUUCCUUAAAUAAAGGUUUAUUACCAAAAUGUAGUCAGAUCAGAUUGAUCUGGAAGUUUAACUCAGACAAGGAAAACAUUACCAUAUUUUGAAAAUUGAUAACAGAUACAAGCUUAAGGUUGUUCUUUGAAUUUUAUUUUUUUUAAAAAUAUUUUAUCAGUUAUACAUUCAGGAAUUCUGAAUGGUUGCAGAUCGGUUGGGGUGGGUAUUGGGCAAAAUAUGUGAAAGUCACUUGAAGGCAAAUCAGAUAAGAUUCUGUUCUGUCAAUACUGGUAAAUUAAGCCAAUAUUGGUGAAGUAAAGUCAUAUGACUGAUAAUCCAAAUAUUGGGUAUAGACAUCCCAACACUGUACGCCAUGUUGUUAUAAAAAUGUUGAGCUUCUCAUUUGUUUAUUUAUAUUUUGUUUUUAAAUUAUGUCAAACUUAAAGAAGCUAAACCUCUUUGAUUUAAGUCAAAAUAUGGUAUCGAUUUGGGUUGGUCUAAUGUGUUAUAGGCCUGUCCUUUAAACUUUUGGGGGGGUUGGAUAGCCGAAUGGUUAGCACGCGCGCGCUGUAUCAUAUGGUCUGUCAUUGAGUCAACUGGCGGGGUUUCGAUCCCUGGUUGUAGGUGACAAGGAGUAGGGUCGCCUGUCCAACCUCGUGGGUUUUCUCCGGGUCCUCCGGUUUCCUCCCACUGCUAAAGACCCCUACGCGCAAGCGAAUUAUUGAAAUAAAAAAAUAAACCAUAUGUUAGUUCCGAAGUGACCUAGUUUGUGUCGAGUGGACGUUAAACCCCAUUUCUCUCUCUCUUUAAACUUUUGUUUUCAUAUCUCACAAUACAAAUCCAUAUAUAAAAUCCUAUGGAAUCAGCUAUUUUGUUUCUGGCCUGGAUCAAAGAGGGAGCGCCAAUUUAAGAUGUGUAUAAUAUUAUUUUUUUACUAUUUAUUGUUAUUGUAAAUAUUUGUAUAUACUUUUCUUAUUAUUAAUUUCCCAAUAAAUCCAUGGAGUACAAGUAUUAGUCAAUACCAUUUAUAUUAGAUUGUUGUACUCAAAAAAUAA